AUGAAAGAUCUUACUGUAACCGGGACGCACUCUGGAGCUGGAGUCCCCUUUGUGAACUCCCUCACAGAGACUCCAGUCAGCCCGAUGCUUUAAUCAGUGCUCACACAGAGAGAUAUCGCUGUCGAUUUCCUCUCACUCCUAAGCAGAAAACUUUUUGAUAAGGUCGCCGGGUGCAGACGGAGCCGAGCAGAGAGCCAUGGCAGGGGACGGCUCGGACCAGCGCGCUCUGCAGUAUGAGCAAACUCUGAUGUAUGGCCGCUACACCCAGGAGCUCGGGGUGUACGCCAAAGAGGAGGCGGCGCGGCUGAGGGAGAGCGGGCAGAGGCGAUCGGUCAGCGAGCGGAGCCGGACUCUGGACCUUCUGGAGUACGACAAGGGACGCUGUGCCAAGUGUCGAAUCUGCACGGUUCGCUGUCAGAAGUUCCUGAUCUCGCGGGUCGGGGAGGACUGGAUCUUCCUCAUCCUGCUGGGACUCGUCAUGGCCCUGGUCAGCUGGGUGGUGGACUUCUGCAUCGCCAUCUGUCUACAAGCACAGAAGUGGAUGUACGGUGGUCUGGACAGCAAUGUGUUCCUGCAGUAUCUGGCCUGGGUCACCUACCCUGUAGUCCUCAUCACCUUCUCUGCCGGCUUCACCCAGAUUCUCGCCCCGCAGGCUGUUGGUUCAGGCAUCCCGGAGAUGAAGACCAUCCUGAGAGGAGUCGUGCUCAAAGAAUACCUCACCUUCAAAACGUUUGUGGCCAAAGUCAUCGGACUCACCUGUGCUCUGGGCAGCGGCAUGCCUCUGGGCAAGGAGGGUCCGUUUGUUCACAUCGCCAGCUUGUGUGCCGCUCUGCUCAGCAAGUUCAUGUCUCUGUUUGGAGGGAUCUAUGAGAAUGAGUCGAGGAACAUCGAGAUGCUGGCAGCCGCCUGUGCUGUGGGAGUGGGAUGCUGCUUCGCUGCCCCAAUAGGAGGUGUGUUGUUCAGUAUUGAAGUAACAUCCACGUUCUUUGCGGUGAGGAACUAUUGGAGAGGUUUCUUUGCUGCUACCUUCAGUGCCUUCAUCUUCAGAGUGCUGGCCGUGUGGAACAGAGACGAAGAGACCAUCACAGCACUUUUUAAAACGCGUUUCCGGCUUGACUUUCCCUUUGACCUCCAGGAGCUUCCCGCCUUCGCCGUCAUCGGUAUUGCGAGUGGUUUCGGCGGGGCUUUGUUCGUCUACCUGAACCGACUGAUCGUCCAGUUCAUGAGGAAGCAGAAGGCCAUCAACAGAUUCCUCAUGAAGAAACGUUUGCUGUACCCUGCACUGGUCACUUUACUCGUUUCCACACUCACAUUCCCCCCAGGCUUUGGGCAGUUUAUGGCCGGCAGACUGACCCAGAAGGAGUCUCUGGUGACUUUACUCGACAACCGGACUUGGGCCAAACAGGGCAUUGCUGAAGAGUUUGACUACAUCGGACACUCUGCGGCCUGGCAGCACCCACAGGUCAACGUCUUCGUCACCCUGGUCCUCUUCAUCGUCAUGAAGUUCUGGAUGUCUGCCCUGGCCACCACCAUCCCAGUGCCCUGCGGAGCCUUCAUGCCAGUAUUCGUCAUCGGGGCAGCUUUUGGUCGUCUGGUUGGAGAGAGCAUGGCAGCCUGGUUCCCAGAUGGCAUUCACACGGACGGCACCAUUUACUCCAUCGUGCCAGGAGGUUACGCUGUCGUCGGUGCUGCGGCGUUGUCAGGAGCGGUCACACACACUGUCUCCACCGCUGUCAUCAUAUUCGAGCUGACGGGACAGAUCUCCCACAUCCUGCCGGUGAUGAUAGCGGUGAUUCUGGCCAACGCCGUGGCCCAGUCCCUGCAGCCCUCGCUCUACGACUCCAUCAUCAGGAUCAAGAAGUUGCCCUACCUCCCUGAGCUGGGCUGGGGGAAUCACGAGAAGUACAACAUCCGCGUGGAGGACAUUAUGGUUCGGGAUGUGAGGUACAUCACACUCAACUGCUGCUACAGAGACCUCCACAACGUCCUGCUGACCGGACACCUCAAGACUCUGGCUCUGGUGGAAUCAGUCGAGUCCAUGAUCCUGUUGGGCUCCAUUGAGCGCGCUCAGCUCCAGUCACUGCUCUCCCAGCAGCUCGGGCGUCUGCGGCGGCUCGAGUACAUCAGGGAGCGAGCCGUCGCCGAGAAGAAACGCAUGUCGGUUGUGUCGGACCCGGGCAGCGAGGACGGCAGCCACCGGGCCAGUCAGGAGGUCCGCUUCCAGAUCUCUACUGAGGAGUCCACCUUCAGUCCUGUUCGUCCUGUCCCCCAGAAGCCCCUCAAACCUGCACUAAAGAGACCCUCUGUGGUGGAUAGACCCACCGAGAUACCCACCAGUCCUCAUAAUAACUCAGGCAUCGCUUUAAAGAACCUGUUCUGUUCCAGUCCAGAUGCUGAAGGCCUUGAGAAAAACAACAACUUGGAAAGCCCCACGUCUCCUGAGCACAGGAGACCCUCCAAACGAGUCCGGAUAUCCGUCGUGGAGCCACCGCCCAGCUUAAAGAGUUUCUCAGGGGACGAUGGAGAUGUGGAGGACGACAUGACCAUAAGAGAGAUUUCAGAGUGGGAGGAGAUGCAGCUUGAUGAGCAGGUCAACUUCACCAACUGCAAGAUCGACCCCGCCCCCUUCCAGCUGGUGGAGCGCACAUCACUGCAUAAGACCCAUACCAUCUUCUCUCUGCUGGGCCUCGACCACGCCUACGUCACCAGCAUCGGACGCCUCAUCGGGGUGGUUUCCCUCAAAGAGCUUCGCAAGGCCAUCGAGGGCUCUGUGACAGUGAAAGGCGUGAAGGUGCGUCCGCCGCUGGCUAGCUUCAGAGACAGCGGCACCAGCAGCAGCGAGAACGAAGCCACGGAGCUCCACAAGCUGUGGGACCGCCACAAGAGCAUGUCACUGCCCCGCGAACACACCCCCUCCGAGUCUGAUGAGAAGUCCCAGUGAGGGGAAAAGAGAAGAAGGGGAGGAAGAGGAGGCACUGAGAUCUUUAAUCCCCCAAAGCCACAAACGUGCAGAAAUCCUCAGGGCUAAGGAUCAAUAUUUAAUUCUGGAAAGAGUUCUACUGCUACGCCAGCCUCUCCUCAUUUCUCUCCUCAUCUGCUUCUCUCUCUCUCCUUCCCCCGCUGUCAUCACCAGUACUAUCCCCAGAAGUCUUGCACUGACCAAGCCAGACACUCCACGAGGGAGUGGAGCACAUCUCAACCAUGUGCCCUGCUCUCCAUUUUACCUUGGGAACCCACAGCAGAGCGAAUGUGGAUUAGGGUGAAAAAGGACAUGUGUCGGUGGAUUCCGACAAAGGGAGUGGGUUCAAAUCUUUAAAAAAAAGGGAUUUUUUUAAGCAGAUUUUUUUCUUUUUGACUUGUGUAUCGUUAGAGUUUGAUCAAAGUUUAAACCUGAAACGUUUUAUUUUGGAAAGAGUCUUCCACUUGAAUAGAGAGAUUCAGAAACUAUGACAAGGAAGAAUACUGUAAGUGUGUACUGUAAGUGUGUGUGUGUGUGUGUGUGUGUGUGUGUGUGUGUGUGUGUGUGUGUGUGUGUGUGUGUGUGUGUGUGUGUGUGUGUGUGUGUGUGUGUGUGUGUGUGUGUGUGUGUGUGUGUGUGUGUGUGUGUGAAGCGGAUAAAUGUGUGUGUGCAUGAAGAGGGAGGGAGCAAACAUACGGACGAGUACUAGGGCCAGGCUAAAGAACAAAGAUGAUGGGAUGACAUUAUUUUCUAUUUAUGCAUCAAAAUGUUGAGAAAACAGUUAAAAUGUCCAUAAAAAUAAAAUCUCAGUUUUAAAGGUCACAUAAUAACAAAAUCCACUUCACCAUGUUUCUCUAACACUAAUAUGUGUCUCUAGUCUCCCUACAAACCCCCCAAUGAGAAAAGUCCAUCCUCUUCAUCUUUUGCCUGCUCCACUUUUCAGAAAAUGUGUGCUCAAACAGGCUAUUUGGAGAUUUUCCCUUCAUGACAUCACAAAGGGCAGUAACCCCUCCCCCAGGUGGGUGACACUCCCACAGCUAGGUGUUUGUUCUGCCCUCUGAGUCUGCCUUCUCACCCUAAACAAUAGGACAUGGAGUGAGAUAGCCCGAGACACCUGAGCCCUUCCAAAGAGGGGGCGUGGUCAGACACAGCUCAUUUACAUUUAAAGGUACAGACACAGAAACAGCCUGUUCUGAUCAGGGCUGAAAUAGAGGGGUUUAUAGGCAUGAUCAAAUACAGGAUCAGAGUGGAUUUAGAACAAGAAACUUCACAGACAUGUUUUGAGGAGCUCUGAGACUUAUUUAAACUGGUUGAAGAGGAGGAGAAUAUGUAAAACUUUAAGAACAAGAGUGAGAGAUGACAAGAAAUAAACAGAAAAAGUUGGAAAGUCAAGAAUAAAAUUGGACUAUUAGACCGAAUUAAUUUAGCUUUUUGAUAAUAGCAAGCAGAAAAAAGUACCGUAAAACUCCAAUUAAAAGCCCAGGCUUUAUUAUCUGACCCUGCUUUUAACUGAGACAGGCGUCAAGCGUGCCGACGUGCUGCACAGCUGGAACGCUUACAAGCAUUCUUUUCUUUCAAUCUUUAUCUCACAGAUGUUGAAGUCCAUCUUAAUGUUUUAAUGCUUUCAUUUUUAACUGCAAACUAAUGGACACUAAACGCAUCGGGAGCCUCUAACUGAGAGCUGCCUUCAUUAGCACAAUGUGCAGCAACUCCAGGAUUCUCAAAGGGACUAGGCCUGAACUUGUGAUGGGCUUUUAUUAGAAGUUUUACAGUAAAUGUUGAAGUUAAAAUGGAAAUCCUCAAAAUCUGAAAAAAAUACUUCCUUUGGCGUGUUUUUAUUUUCUAUACCUCGCUUCUGGCUUUCUAGAAAUUUGCGUUCUUAUCUUUUUUUCCAUCCCUGGCCCUGAUAGUCGUCCGUACAAAAGACUUGUUCCUUUUAAAUCUUAAACACAUUUCACUCUUCGUUUCCGGCUCAUCAGGUCGUCUGGGUUGAACUGGAAUGUAAAUCACUGUUUGUCCGAUUGAGACGCAUUGAACUACGGGACUGAUGCCUUAUUUUUCUGUUGUUUUGUUUUGUCCUCAUUUCUCCACUUUAGACCUUUAAUGGUCAGACUGAGAGCACGUCUAUGCAAGCAAGCGUGCCGUUGGGCAGCGGCGAGAGCACCUGUAGCCCUUUUCAGAACGUAUACUCCUCUCAUACUGUAGCUACAGCCUUACAUCACAAAGACACAUUAGAAAACUGGCAAACAAAGAGGCGGCGGCGGCGAUGCACUCAGAGUUUUCUGCUUAUCUAAAUUUAGCUGUUAAUAACGGUUCAUCUGAAUGUUGGGGCGGAUGGAGAGGGCAGGAAGCGAGGGAGAGACGGAGAACAGGGAGCAAAUGGAUGGCUGAAAGACUGAAGACAUCAUUACCUAACCAGCUGCUCUGGGCCCUCUCAUCAAUCUGCCUUUGAUUUCCAUGUUCGCUAACCUCCAUUACUAUCAGUAACACAGAUUACCCCCCCCCCCCUCCCUCCACCGGCUGUAUGAUGACUCAGUGCAGAUUGCAGACCUUGUUGUUUACAUUCACAUAAACACUCCAUAGCUUA